UUCAACCACUGCUUCGAAAAACCCUAAACUCUGUAGCGACGUAGUUGGACAUGGCGAAAUCGUCUACUCAUCAAUCGAAUUCAUCAAAACGCAUGAGAGUGGAGCUCUCUCCUAACCGAUACACAGCAGCAGUCGACAGACUCAGCAACCUACCGGACUCUCUUCUCUGCCACAUCCUUUCUUUCCUUCCGACCCAAAAGGCCGUCGCCACAAGCGCUUUGUCGAGCAGGUGGAAGCGCCUCUGGACUCACGUCCCAGCACUCGACCUCUACGAUAUCGGCGGCCAACCCAUCCCUCUUCUCUACAGAAUCUUACUCCUAAACAAAGCACCCUACCUCCGUAACUUCAACCUCUUGUGGUAUUAUUACUGUGACUCUCUCCAUCUCAACACGUGGAUCGACACUGCCAUUGAACGUAACGUCGAAAAUCUCUAUCUCGAGAUUUUCCUCGAUGACGACUACUACCCCCACGGAGACGGUGAUGUUUACAGUGGCGAACUUUACGAGUUGCCCGUUAGCUUUUACGCCUGCAAAACAGUUGUUGUUCUCCAUUUAAGCGGCGGGAUUGAGCUCGAUCCUCCUCCUUCCUUUCAACUCCCUUGCCUCAAGAAACUGUGUCUGCUCGAUGUUUUUUACUGCUAUGAGGACUCUUUGUCGAGGCUAUUCAAUGGCUGCCCGGUACUCGAAGAUUUGAAAGUGAUAAGAAAUAAUUCGGACGGUAUGGACUAUUUUAACAUAAGCGUGCCUACGUUGAAAUGUUUACUUAUCGAGUUUAACACAUACCAACCUCGUGUUCCUGAUUACAAACUCGAGAUAAAUGCCCCAGGUCUCAAGAACUUUAAAUUUCGUGGCGAUUUGCGAAAUGUGGUUUUUGUUGAAAAACUGGCUAACUUGGUUGAAGCCAAUGUAAAAAUUUACGCAGUUGAAUGUUAUGAAAUGCGUUGGGUUGAGGAUUAUGAGUUUUAUUAUGGAGAUAGGGUAUUCAAGCUUCUUAGAGCACUAAACAACGCUAAAUUCCUUACAUUGUCUCCAGGGGACAUAGAGUGCCUCGGCUUUGGUUCUAUUUAUCCUACCAGGUUCCAAAAUUUGGUCAGAUUGAAAUUCGGAGUAAAUAAAUCUAACUGGCACGUGCUACAAGCCUUGAUCCUAGUGGCUCCUAAUUUAGAAGUUCUUGAUGUCCAUAAGUGUUAUCAUAUAAGUGAGGACAAGUUAUGCUGGACAGAACUACCGGAUGGUCCUGGUUAUUUAUCAUCGUGCCUUUCAACUUUUAAUUUUGAUGGAUAUAAAGGAUUAGAACAUGAAGUUGAAUUUGUAAAAUAUAUUCUACAAGAGGCUCGAGGUUUGCAGACAAUGACAAUCAAAGUUUCUCGAAGACAGUCAAGGGAACGUGUUCUUGAGAAACUAUCAAUGUUCCCAAGGCACUCAAAAACAUGCCUAAUUACAGUUGAAUGAGGGGAUGGAUAAGUACUUAAGUGAGUCUCGGACACUUUGAACAUUGAAAUAGAGCAGGAGAUUAUUCUAGACAAAGAUAUAAGCAAUACAAUCGUGAAUCUUUGUGGAGGGAAGACUUUUCAAUUCCUUCAAUUUUUUUAUUCUUUUGAAGAAUAAAAGAAUAAGAUGAUAAAUUCAGAGAAUGGGUAUGAGUCUUAUUCUGUUGAGUUCAUUUUUUUUUUCCAAUUAAUUACGCAUAGUACAAUCUAGUAUUAUAGGAAAAAAAAAAAAAUUGUCUCACCUUAAAUGUGGCCUCAUGAUUAUGUGAGCAUGAUGUGUAUUCUAAUCUUGGUACAUUGUGAUCGGUUUGUAUUUUAAUCAUGCACCAAAGAUGUGUAUUAUCCAUACUCCCAAGGGGAUUGACUCUAUACCUUCUGUGCCUACUUUGCUUUAAGAGGAAACAAAGAUAUAAGCAUUACCAUUGCAAAGUGUCUGACAAAUGUGUAUUAUCGCAAUACUUAAUGGUUAUGCUUAUUGCAAUGGUAAAUAUCUUUAUUGCCAUUAUAAUGCAUACUGGUAAUGUUUAUUUUCCAUGACUUCUAUUUGUUCAAUGUUUAGGAGAACAAUUUUUGUUUUGGCCAAAAGCAGAAUGAUUAUUGAGAAAUUGAGAUAAUACAUAUUGGAUUGCUUUCAAAUAGGAUUUGUUAGUUUUAUGUGGGUUUUUUUGUGAAACUGGUAUAUAUGAGAAGUUGUGUUUCAUAUUUCAUAUUUGUUUAAUUUGGUAGAAGUCUUGGAGGUGGUAAAUGUUUGUUUGUCAAGGUUCAUAAACAAAGGCAAGUGUGUGGUGUGGAGUCUGAUAUGAGUUAGCCCUCUUUUUAUUUAAACAAUUUUGGCCCCUUUCUUUUAUACAACCCUGUAUAUACAUCAAAUUCCGUUUUAAGUGCCCUCAUAGGAGUGACAUGAUUUGGAGGUAAUUAUAGAAGAAAAAAGCUUUUUAUUUUUUAUUUUUUUUGUCCAUUAAGGAAUGAUUUUCUUAAUAGGUUCUAGCUUUCUUUUAAGAUUUUUUUGCUUUGGCCUAUAAUGAUUUUUCUGAAGAAAUCUUUUGCCUAAAUAUAUGUUUUCUGAAUUAUUAAUAUAUAUUUUCUGCUACAAUUUCAGAGUUUGGUGGGCUUGGAUAUCAUCAACUAUAGAAUUUGAUGCUCUGAAAUACACUUUUAUCUUGCUUUAUGGUGACAUGCAUACCUACAUAAUAUAUAAUGAUGCUAUUACUUGGUUCUCUUUUAAAAUAACUUUUUGUUAUUGCCUAUUGGCUUUUCUUUCAUACCGGCUGUUAGGGACGAUUUUGUGCUGCAGAUCAUCUAUCCUCUGGAUCAUAUGAAACCGUUUUUCUGAGUUUACGAGUUGUAGCAUAGUAUAUGUCAUUACCAUUUUUACCCAUUCUUUUAUUCUCGCCAUGUUUAGCAUGUUUAUAUAUAAAACACAAUGUUUAUAUACAUGGUAGCAUUUAUCCGUGUAUGUAUAAAUUAAUGAAUAUUAUGGGGGAUGGAUGAGCAAACACAUACCUCUGUUUCUUGGUCUGAAAUCAUUAUUCCUAUUGCAUUCUAUGUGAUAGGUAAAAUAUUUCAUUGUGAAUCCCUAUAGAAUUUAAUUGCUUAUAUUGUGAUUGUGUUAUAUAAUUUCUUAUAUGGAUGCAAAUAAAGCUUUAAUUUGAUCAAAUUGUCACAUCAUUCUUGAAUAUUUAAGAAAAAUUUAAAGUUCUUUAUAGUUUCUUUAAAGUGGUUUUUACAACAGUUUUACUCUUGAGGAAAUUUUCUUGAGGUUGGGCUUAAUUGCUAUAAUUGUUAUUGUCAAGUUGGUGCUAAAUUUGAUGUCUAAACUUUACUGUUUGCAGUUUUUAUUUAGCCUCAUUUGAUCGAUUUCUUUAGAUGAAGAAGUAUUAAGAUGAAGAGCGUGAGACUGAUAACCAAUGAUCUUCUCCCCCAAGUUGCUUCCAAGGAUAUUUUCAUCAUUCUCUUUUUCUUUUUUUUGGCUAGAAAUAUUUUGUGUCCAUCACUAGGAAUGUUACCGUUCACUUUAGUUGCUUAUAUUUUGUGUCCAUCACUAGGGAUGUUACCGUUUACUUUAGUUGCUUAUAUUAUGCUUAAAAGAACUCUAUUUUGUAAGAAGCGGAUUGUUGUGGAAUUUACA